UCGUCGAGGCCGGGUUGUGGCGUUGGUGGGGCACACGUCAGUCAGCAGCUGGUCAGGUUGUCCACAGACAGUUCGUGCUCGCUGAAAAGGCCUGAUAAUCUGAAUCCUACAUCUACUGACGGCAUCUGGGCAAGUUGCUGCAGCUAGUAUUAACGGCUGCAACAAGCCACUCAUAGUUUUACCGGCAAGUAAAGAUACGGUACUUCAUGAGACGAACUGCGGGGUCCAGUGUACGGAGAAACUCAGGAUGUCCGUCGGUGGUCUGGUCCUCUUUGGACUGGUAACCGAAGUGGUCCUUCCAGUCUGGACUGUUCAAGAGGCGGGUGUGGCGUCGCAGGUGGCUUGCGCGUCUCGUUGCAGUCAACACGAUGCUUGUGGAGGGUUCCAGUGGAACUCUUCUUCAUGCUUCCUGGUGGUGGUAGCUUCGGUGCCUGGCGCCGUGAAUGGCGCGAUGACGAACGCGUUCAGACUCAACUCGUACAGGACGAACUACCACCUGUACGAAUUCCCUCCUCCGCCAGGUGGCAUCGAUCCCGCAAACGCCCUGGCCACCUGUCGGAACAACAGCAUGGAUCUGGUGCCAUACCCUGUCACCUUGAAAGACAGGGCGAGUUUGAGCAUCCGGCAGACGCGGCGCCUCUUCGUAGACAUGAUACGUGCCAGCGACGGCUCGUACGUCACUCUGAGCUCUGGAGUACCGGUGCCGAACACGGCCAUCUAUGGCUGGAUGCCGGGAAGUCCUGACGGCGGGAUCGGACGAUGCAUUGGAAUGGGCGGCCCGGACCUCUUGUUCUUCGACUUCAACUGCAGUUACACGACUACCAACGCUGGAGUCAUUUGCGUCUACAGUACAUUACAGUAACACACGCACUAUGUUGAACUGACUCGAAGAAAAUUGUCUUUGAGCAAACUUCGUCAGAACUAUUACGUCAAAUUAUUGACUGGAAACAGUGUUCUUUGUGUAGACCAUUUGCAUUCGUUUUUUCUUCAUAUUGCACGUCAAUCGUUAUUAGCCUCUAUUGGCACUAAAUUUAGUGUUUAUGUAAGCAAAGAAUGAAUAUGCUUCGACAUAUUAUAUAUGUGUGUGUACUGUACGUGUGUUUCUAUUAUUAUUCAAGUUUAUUACUUUGCUCCGAUAAUUUAUCCAGCUAUACAUAUCUGUAUUAUGGUUGCUUGCUUCAUCUAAAACAGGGGUCGGUGAGAAAAUUUCACUGUAAAUUUCACAAAAUUAUUUUCGGCGAGAAAAUUUCACAUCAUUAUUGAUAUUUCUCAUGAUAAAAAGUCUAAUCCCAAACCCAUGUCGUUUCCUAUUAAAUUUUUGACAAUGCUAAACAUGCGGUUUUGUCAAGAAAUGAGAAUUAUAAAACGACUUUGCUAUUUAUAAAUAAGCAUAAGAUAAUCACAAGCUUAAUGAGCGGCAGCAAGACUAUAGAUAUCUGUUAAACAGUUAGUAAGCUGCAACCGUAAACGUAGCAGCACUGCAUUCAUUUUAAUCAGGGUACAUAGAUGAGAUGCAAAGAAUUACAGAUCUAACUUUUAAAGCUUACUUUACUCGUUUCUGAUUACUUUCACCGCUACUGUGUGUAUUCAUGGUCACCACGUUUGAACCUGAUUCGCUAGGACUCGUUUUCUUUAUACGUAGUGCCUGGAAAUCUGUUUUAGAUUAUGUUUCUAAAAUUAUAAGUUUCUCUUCAUUUUUCUAUAACUUCACGAUCACCUCACGACAAAACAUUGGUCAGGUUUGAACAAAGUCUCUAGUACUGCACGCAUCGCUGCUUUACUGCGAUUUGCUUUGCUUUCUGAGCUUGCGUUUCAAGCGUAGCUCUUCCUGGUCUGCCUGUUUAGAAAAACAAUUCAAUGAAUAUUACAGCAUGUGCUGAAUAUUGGGUUGCUAUGCAGGGCCUACCGGAUCACAGUUCGUAAUCCCGGUGUUCGCAACGAAUUAAAUUUUCUGCAUGAUCUGACUCCAAAAGAUCCCAAUAUAAUAAUUAGUCAGUCGUCAAAGAUACAAAACCGAUUUACACAAACUAUUUCCUUCAUUCACUUCAGUUCUCAAGCACCCUGAAAGUCUAGCAUUAAAUUUAUCAUCACCGUAUUUGUAAAUUUUGACCAUCGUGAAAACGUAUUAUGACUUUUAAGAAGAGCUCUCUGGCUGUAUACUUUCCAUGAAAACGCACGGGAUACCAAAAUAUUUAGUUUUCUGUUAGAUCAUAGCAUGACUGAAUUAUCAAACUCAAAAACCAAUCUUGCAACUCCAAUCUUGCAAGUUCUUGGCCAUGAUGCAACGGCUUUGGUACGUACACAGCAUAACAAUUUUCGACACCUAGUAUGAAAUUGCAGAUCGACAGCAAUUAAAACGAAGGAAUGCGUUUACAUUUCAAUGCAGCUAGAGUAAUCACUUUUUAUUCCGUUUCUAGUACAUGCUUAUUUUUAGAUAAAUUAAGGUGGACCGAUUUUUAAAGAAAAAGCUUGCCAUUAUUAAACGGAGAGCUUUGUAUUGCUGGCUCUAUUUGCAAUGAAUUAUCUCUGCGAUACCUGCGCCUCAGUUGCGGCUUCUCUUGAACCUCAGCUCUACAUUGAGGCAGGUUUACUUUGCGGCAGCCCUAAGAUUGCGGCUGCUCUACUUUGUGGCAGCUCUACUUUGUGGCAGCUCUACUUUGUGGCUGCUCUACUUUGUGGAAGCUCUAAAAUGUGGCAGCUCUAAAAUUGUGGCAGCUCUAAAGUUGUGGCAGCUCGAAGAUUAUGGCCGUUCUACUUUCUGGCAGCUCUACAUUGUGGGCGCUAUGCAUUGUGGCAGCUUUACUUUGUGGCAGCUCUACUUUGUGGCAGCUCUACUUUGUGGCAGCUCUACUUUGUGGCAGCUUUACUUUGUGGCAGCUUUACUUUGUGGCAGCUCUACUUUGUGGCAGCUCUACUUUGUGGCAGCUUUACUUUGUGGCAGCUCUACUUUGUAGCAGCUCUACUUUGUGGCAGCUC